AUCAAAAUUUACAUCAUGCAACAAAAAGUGUAACUAAUACCCUCAACAAGAGUUCUACUACUUUUAAUUGAAAAACACGUCUUCAGAUCAAAUGCAACAUUCUCUUGUACAACAACACAAAACAAAUUAAAUCUACUUUGCUAAUUCUCUUUUGUUUUUUUCACUUCUUUUUUCUUUCAUGUUUAUCAAAAACCUCAAGAUUAAUUGAUUGAUUGUGUUUUAAGCAACUUGGUCUAAUAAUUCAUAUUUAUAUGACCCUCCUACCUUUGCAAUAUUUAUAUGAAAAUUGUUUAAUAAGCAUUAAGUAUGUGAUCUAAGUCGAUGAAUACGGUUGGUUGUUAUGGGGUGGUUGGAUUCACUGUGGGGAAAUGGAAGAAAAACUAUCAAAAGAAAAGACAGUGAUGCAGGAGAAACAGGUAAAGCACUGGAAGAACUAAGAUCUUCUCUCUACAAUGAGCUCCGAACAUCGGAAGGAGCCAAGCGCCAACAACAAAGAUAUUGUGGACCAGUGGUGGCAUUAUCUUUCAACUUCAUGGUUGCAGUUGGAAUCAUCAUGGCAAACAAAUUGGUGAUGGGAAGAGUUGGCUUCAACUUCCCAAUUUUCCUCACAUUUGUUCAUUACAUCACUGCAUGGGUUCUCCUUGCAUUUUUUAAAGCACUCUCAGUGCUUCCUGUGUCUCCUCCAUCUAAAACAACUCCAUUCUCUUCUAUAUUUGCACUUGGUGCUGUUAUGGCUUUUGCUUCUGGCCUUGCAAACACCAGCCUCAAGUAUAACAGUGUUGGUUUCUACCAAAUGGCUAAGAUUGCUGUUACCCCAACAAUUGUUCUGGCAGAGUUCAUACUUUAUAGAAAAACCAUUUCUUCAAAAAAGGUUUUGGCUUUGGCUGCUGUAUCAGCUGGUGUAGCAGUUGCUACUGUGUCAGAUUUAGAGUUCAAUUUAUUUGGUGCUAUAAUUGCAAUUAUAUGGAUAGUACCAAGUGCCAUAAAUAAAAUUUUAUGGUCUACUUUACAGCAGCAAGGAAAUUGGACAGCUUUGGCAUUGAUGUGGAAGACUACACCUAUCACAAUUUUUUUCUUAGGGGCUUUGAUGCCUUGGAUUGAUCCACCAGGAGUCCUAGCAUUCAAAUGGGAUGUAAACAACACAUCUGCAAUUUUGAUAUCUGCUCUCCUUGGUUUUCUCUUACAAUGGUCAGGUGCCUUGGCAUUGGGGGCAACUUCUGCUACAACUCAUGUUGUUUUAGGACAAUUUAAGACUUGUGUCAUUCUGUUGGGAGGAUAUUUGUUAUUCAAUUCAGAUCCUGGGAUUGUCAGCAUUGGCGGGGCGGUUGUUGCUCUCACGGGAAUGUCAGUUUACACAACAUUUAACUUGCAAGAGCCUCAGGAAAAUGCAAGCAAGCAGCUUCCAAAGCAUAGUUUGCCUUCACCAAAGCAGAAACCAACUAUUGAAGACAACAAAGAUUUGACUGUAAAUAUUACCAAUAAUAACAUUGUUGUCUGAGUCAUAUAACCUAUGACAAUGAGUGAAUACCAGCACCAAAUUAUGGAAACACUCAUUUUGCAUCUUCUAGUUAGGUACUUAGGCAAUUCAGGUCCAAUUCCAUUUUGCAAGAAGGUUUAUUGUAUAGACGGAUCAAACAUAGUAUUCAAUCAUUAAAAAUUUAAUAAUUAUUUUGGAGUGGCUUUUCAUUAGAAUAAGCCAAAUGAA